AUGAUGGAUAAUGUGUCUCAAAUAACAAUGUUCUUCCUUUCAGGUUUAAAUGAGACAAAUAAGCACAGAUUUAUUCUCUUCUUUCUCACUUUACUGUGUUACUGUGUGAUUUUGAUAGCAAAUACUUUUGUUAUUGUGAUCAUCAUCAUGGAUAAAAACCUGCAUGAACCAAUGUAUAUUUUCCUAUGUACUUUUUGCAUGAAUGGACUUUAUGGGACAACAGGUUUCUACCCCAAGUUUCUCUGGGAUCUGCUUUCUCCUGUUCAUGUCAUCUCUUAUUCUGGAUGUUUUGUUCAGGCUCAAGUAAUUAAGUCAUUUGUCUGCGCUGAUCUAUCCAUUCUUUCAGUCAUGGCAUAUGACAGAUAUGUGGCUAUAUGUCGACCUCUGGAGUACCACUCUGUCAUGACAAAACAAAGACUCAUUAUGUUAGUGUGUUACUCUUGGCUAACACCUUUUUUCAUCAUUGCCACAAAUAUGUUUCUAACAUCUAGAUUAAAGUUAUGCAGCCCAUAUAUCACCAGAUUUUUUUGUGUGAAUUGGGUGAUUGUUAGACUUGCUUGUUUUCCAUCUGAAACUGCUGUUCACAACAUGGUUGCAUACAUUACAAUAGUGAUUUAUUUUUUUCAUGGUAUAUUCAUAGUUCUAUCUUACAUGUACCUCAUUAAAACGUGUGCAAAUUCUAUUGAAAACAGGGCAAAGUUCAUGCAAACAUGUGUGCCACAUUUAACGUCCUUAGUUGUUUUUCUUGUAACUCUCCUUUUUAAUGUAAUUAUUAUGCGAUUUGGUUCAAAAGAUCUCUCUCCAGCCUUUAAAAACUUUGUUGAAAUAGAAAUUCUUGUCAUACCUCCCUUAAUAAAUCCAUUAAUGUAUGGUUUCAAGUUGACCAAAAUUCGAAACAGAAUUCUGGUUAUCCUUACUUUGAAAAAUAAAUGA